AUGGGGCAUAACGGUAGCUGGAUUUCCCGAAAUGCCAGCGAGCCGCGCAACGUGUCCAGCGCCGAGGCGGCGGGCGGCAACCGCAGCGCGCUCGGGGAGUUUGGCGAGGCGCAGCUGUACCGCCAGUUCACCACCACCGUGCAGGUCGUCAUCUUCAUAGGCUCGCUGCUCGGAAACUUCAUGGUGUUAUGGUCGACUUGCCGCACAACCGUGUUCAAAUCUGUCACCAACAGGUUCAUUAAAAACCUGGCCUGCUCGGGGAUUUGUGCCAGCCUGGUCUGCGUGCCCUUCGACAUCAUCCUCAGCACCAGUCCUCACUGUUGCUGGUGGAUCUACACCAUGCUCUUCUGCAAGGUCGUCAAGUUUUUGCACAAAGUCUUCUGCUCUGUGACUAUCCUUAGCUUCCCUGCCAUUGCUUUGGACAGGUACUACUCAGUCCUCUAUCCGCUGGAGAGAAAAAUAUCUGAUGCCAAGUCCCGAGAACUAGUGAUAUACAUCUGGGCCCAUGCAGUGGUGGCCAGUGUCCCUGGGUUUGCAGUGACCAACGUGGCCGACAUCUACGCCAUGUCAACCUGCACGGAAGUCUGGAGCCACUCUCUGGGCCACCUGGUGUAUGUUCUGGUCUACAACAUCACCACAGUCAUCGUGCCUGUGGCUGUCGCGUUCUUCUUCUUAAUACUGAUACGCCGGGCCCUGAGCGCCAGCCAGAAGAAGAAGGUUAUCAUAGCAGCACUGCGGACCCCACAGAACACGAUCUCUAUCCCCUACGCUUCCCAGCGGGAGGCUGAGCUGCAUGCCACGCUGCUGUCCAUGGUGAUGGUCUUUAUCUUCUGCAGCGUGCCCUAUGCCACGCUGGUCGUCUACCAGACAGUGCUCAACGUCCCCGACACGUCCGUCUUCUUGCUGCUCACGGCCAUCUGGCUGCCCAAAGUCUCUCUGCUGGCGAACCCUGUGCUUUUUCUUACUGUGAACAAAUCUGUCCGCAAGUGCUUGGUGGGGACCUUGGUCCAACUGCACCACCGCUACAGCCGCCGAAACGUGGUGGGCACAGGGAGUGGGAUGGCUGAUGCUAGCCUGGAGCCCAGCAUGCGCUCGGGCAGCCAACUCCUGGAGAUGUUCCACAUCGGGCAGCAGCAGAUCUUCAAGCCCACAGAAGACGAGGAAGAGAGCGAAGCCAAGUACCCAGGUUCAGGGGCUCUCCAGGCCAAGGAGCUACUUCCCACCUGCCUGGAGGCAGAGCUGGGACCACAGUUUGCAACUCCCGCACCACCCCCAGGCACCGUGGACUCUAUCUCCCAGGUAGCACCAGCAGUGUCUGUGGAAUCUGAGACAUUUCCCGACAAGUAUUCCCUGCAGUUUGGCUUUGGGCCUUUUGAGUUGCCUCCCCAGUGGCUCUCAGAGACCCGAAACAGCAAGAAGAGGCUGCUUCCUCCCUUGGGUAACACCCCAGAAGAGCUGAUCCAGACAAAGAUACCCAAGGUAGGCAGGGUGGAGCGCAAGAUGAGCAGAAACAAUAAAGUGAGCAUCUUCCCAAAGGUGGAUUCCUAGCAAGGCUUGUGAAUCCUUGGAAGCCACAGGCCUUUCCACAUUCCUGCUCUUCUUUCACUGGGCCGGUGAUUUGUAUGAUCUCAUUGCAACUCAGCAUGGGUUGACUCCUCCUCUGUGGGCCAAGUGCUUAUGAAUGAGAGGGAAAUCUAUAUAUAAAAUUGAAUGUCCUCUUUAUUGAGGAUGUGUAUAUCUAUAUAUAUAUAUAUGUUUAUCUCAGUGAUCCAAGUCCUUAGUAAAGUCCAUGUUCCUCACACUGGAGACAAAAGCUGGGUAGUGGGGAACGGGUCUUGGGAGGGAACUUUGUGUGCAUUUUCUGAGGAUAUCUCAGUUCUGGGGCCCUGCAGAGAGUACACAUAGAGGAGAGUGUCUAUGGAGUGCCAAAGGGAGCAGGUACUCUAAGAGAAGCCCAAGGUAAUUAUGGAGCCAUGUGGCCAUAAAGAAAAUGCCUAUUAGAUUGAUUUUAAAAUGUGAAAGAAGUGGAGAAGAAAGACUGAGAAAUACCCACAGUCUGUAGUCUUUAAUCUUCCCAGAUGAUCUCGUGAGAAAGAUUCUAUGCAGCAAUCAGCAGGGGUAAAGGAUAUUGAAAAUGAUGAUCUUGUGCCAACUUCUGGAAUUAAAAAUGAUUUAAAAAGGCAAAGUUAGUAUACAUGGGGGCCUCUGGAAAUGUCAAGCUAAAAAUACUUGAUUAGGAGAGGUGAUUCUGCCCAAAAGAGUGGGAAAAGGUUGGUUCUCUUCCAAGGAAGACUCCAGACCCCAGGUGUUGCCAGUUUCAUUUUCAGUCUCUUUGUAUGACUCCCUUCAUUUUGGGCAUAAAGGAGGAACAAAACAGAGAAGGAAUUCAUCAUUGUAAAAUGCCAAGGCAACACCUAGCCCAGGUAAGCUCUUGGCUUCCUGUUUCCCAAUGAAGUUAUAGCAGGAGCCAGACAGGAUAGGAGAGGGAGGACAAUGUCCUCAACUGAUCAGUCACCUGGAGGCUCUCACAAGUGAUUCGAGACCACUUUGAGGUGGGUUUCACCAGGCUGAAUUCAAAGUACAGAUGACACUUCACUCUUAAUGAGGGCAAAUCAAGCACCAGCUCUGCUCUUUUCUGAUGGGUGUUUUGUUCUUGUUUAUUGUACCUAAGGGAGCCAAUCCCGUGCCUUGAGCAAGCUUGAAGGGAGGGGGCAUACUCAGUGGCAAGCAGCACAUCCCAAAGGCAGCGGUCCUCACAGAUCUCCUUGAACCACACUGGCCCUUGUCCCUUGGAGGAAGGUCAGACUGUGUGCAGGGAAUUUCUUUUUCCUGUCCUUUCCUGGGUGUGCUGUCUUGUGAUUCCCGACUAUGAACCCAAAGACCCUUCUCCCCAGGAGGGAGUGCCUUCCUUUUCGUGUUUGUCUUGUCUGUACAUUGUGUGCUCACAGCAGAAACAGGGGCCUGCCUGCCACCCCCUCUCUCAGGGCCCUGCGUGCCCUCUGUAUGCUUCACCCUGUGGCCCUUCAAGUUUACCUUUCAGACAUUCACAGCUGUCACAGCUUUCAUCACGAAGGAACAUAAUCUGUCAGAAAAUUGUGUCCACUUUAGAAGAAUCUGUCAAAUGUAGCCACGUUGAUGUUCUAAUAAUGUAUAUGUACAACUUAAUAAGUUCUGGUGAGCCAGAAUUUGGUAGAUAUUUCUUGUGUAUGUUUGAAGCGGUUGGUUGACAUCUAACAGAUCAUGGCCAGGUGUAUUUCUAUACUCUUUGAAGAAUUAUGUUUUAAUAAAAAAAAAUCAAAAAACAGUUUCUAAACUCAAAAAA